GUCUGAUCGACAGCGAUGCCAAUGCAGUGCGGCAGAGCUAGGUAGAUUGCACAAGGAAGCCGGUCGAAGGAGGAUCAUGGCGUCUCCCAACAGAUAUAUCCCGUCAAAGAACCAAGUUGCAGGACAUCGAUUUGAAGAAGGACGUGUUGGAUCGCUAGUGGACGGGAGUGGCCUCUUCUUCAAACCACUGCAAGGAGAUGAAAGAGGGGAGAGGGAGGUGGCAUUCUACGACAAAUUCUGGCAGGAUGAAUCUGUGCCUGCCAGCAUCAAGUGCUUCUUCCCAAAGUUCUUCGGUGUGAAAGAGCUGGAAGCUGCUGGUCCGGUUGGGAAGCUCAAGCAUGCUGCGCUGGAAGACUUGACGCAUGCGUACAAGAAUCCAAGCAUUGUGGAUAUCAAGAUGGGGAAGCAGACGUGGUACCCAGGCUGCAGUGAAGAGUACGAACAAAAGUGUAGGGCCAAGGAUGCCACGACCCCGUCUCCAGAGCUUGGUUUCAGAGUGUCAGGCAUGCAGAUCUUUGAUCCGAGGACAGGGGACACCUGGCGUGCGGAUAGGCAAUGGGGGAAGAGCCUGGACGCGCAAGGCACCGCGGGGGCCUUGAAACGAUUCGUUCUCCCGUUCGACGAUGAGGUGUCAAGGCGCAACGCGGUGGCCAGGAUCCACGAUUUGUUGGCUCGGCUGAAGGAGUUCCAGCAGUGGUUUGAAAGCCAGGGGACGUAUCAUUUCUACUCGGCAUCUCUGCUUCUCAUGUACGAUAGCAUCUCGUCAGAUGUCCCGUCAAACAGCUCCACUCAACCGAAGGCCCAACAGUCCGAGUCACCUGAAGCGGACCACUCCAAAGAAGGCGCCUCUGCAUCCCCUCCGACGAGCCCGCUGGAAGUCCGAUUGAUUGAUUUUGCUCAUGUAGUUGAUGGGAAGGGAGAGCCAGAUACCAACUUUCUGUUUGGGUUGCGAAGUCUGAUCGAGCUUUACAAUCGCGUUUUCUCCGAGAUUGAGUCAAAGAACUGACCGUCUCAUUUUGUCACCAAGUUCGUGAGGUUGUAUUUGCACGCGCGCAGCUUAAUUUGCUUACGGUAUGCCCACUGUGUAUCACAGUAGUUAGUAUAAGGAUAAUAGUUUCUGAGUAACUUGAACGUUUAGCACAAGGUCACUUUGACUUCACCUUUAUGCGACUUGAUUUGAGUUUGCACGUUGGAGCUCGAGCUUACGUGUUGCCCCA